AUUAGGCUUUUAUUUUAUCUGUGUUAUGAGCAGUAUUAUUUUAAAAAUAAAUAUUAUAAAUUUUUCUUACAGGUGAAACAAAUAAUGGAAGAAGCUGUCACAAGAAAAUUUAUUCAUGAAGAGAGCAGCAGCAUUACAUCUUUAUGUGCUGCUGUUGAUGCUUGUCUUUCUCACAAUUUAAAAAGAAGAGCACUCGGUCUGUUUAAGACAAAUUCUACGACUGCUCUGUUACAGAAAGUUGCCAAGUGCUUUGAACCGGCUGCUGAAAUAGCACAAAUGGUUGCAGAGAUUGAAAACACUGAUCCAAACAAGAGGUCUUCAUCCAGUAGUGACAGCACCAACAAAUUAAAGCCAAUACAGAGCAAAAAGUUGCAAGUUCAAUAUGGUACUCGAUAUCUUUGGAUUAGAUUGGCAUUAUUUGAAAAGAAGUUAUCCAAAAUUGUUGAUCAUCUAGUUCAGAAUAGCAGUAAAUAUUAUGAAAAGGAUGCUUUGGUGGCAGAUCCAGUAUCUGGCCAAAUUCUUGCUAGUUUAUUAGUUGGACCAUGUGCUUUGGAUUAUUCAAAAAUGAAAACUCAAGAUCAUUACUGGACAGAUCCACCAGCUGAUGAAUUAGUUCAACGACAUCGUCUUUCAAGUGGUAUUCCUCUAUUGCAUAGUCCUGCUACCCCUCCAUCAAGCAGAAGACCUGGUUUACAAUAUCGUAAAGAUGUUAGAAUUUCUGGAAGUAGUGAAGAAGGACACCGUAUGAUUCCAGUUGUUGCUAGAGAUUAUGUUGAGUCAUUACAUCAGAAUUCUAAAUCUACCUUAUUAUAUGGAAAGAAUAAUGUCUUAAUCCAGCCAGUUGGACCAUGUGCUUUGGAUUAUUCAAAAAUGAAAACUCAAGAUCAUUACUGGACAGAUCCACCAGCUGAUGAAUUAGUUCAACGACAUCGUCUUUCAAGUGGUAUUCCUCUAUUGCAUAGUCCUGCUACCCCUCCAUCAAGCAGAAGACCUGGUUUACAAUAUCGUAAAGAUGUUAGAAUUUCUGGAAGUAGUGAAGAAGGACACCGUAUGAUUCCAGUUGUUGCUAGAGAUUAUGUUGAGUCAUUACAUCAGAAUUCUAAAUCUACCUUAUUAUAUGGAAAGAAUAAUGUCUUAAUCCAGCCAAGAGAAAACAUAGAAACUAUGCCAGGAUAUUUAUCAUUGCAUCAAACACCAGAAGGUUUAAUAAUUAAGUGGACUCCAAAUCAAUUAAUGAAUGGCUGUUAUACAACUAAUGAAGAUGAAGCAACUCAGGAUAAAAGUAUCUAUUGGGAUUAUGCUCUAAAUCUAAAAGUAGAUGAAAUUGUUUACCUGCAUUGUCAUCAGCAAGCUGAUAGUGGUGGUACUAUCGUACUUGUGGGUCAAGAUGGUGUCCAACGUCCACCCAUACAUUUCCCCAAAGGAGGUCACAUGUUAGCUUUUCUGUCGUGUCUGGAGAAUGGACUGCUGCCUCAUGGUCAACUGGAUCCCCCCUUAUGGUCUCAGAGGGGCAAAGCUCAAGAAAUGAUGGAUCCAUUAACAACAAGAGGUACAUCAUCAUGGAAUUCAGUAGCCAGUGGAAAAUAUCCUCCUUCAAUAAAACAGUUGUCAUCUUCUUCAUCGUCAUCCACAUCAAGUUCAAAAUCAUUUCCAGAAGGAAAUGGUCUAACAUUAGAUAGAACUAAGAGAUUUAUUCAAAAACAAGAUAAUGUAGCUACUGACCAGUCAAUUCAGAUUUUGUGUGACACAAUGAAGAGGCAGAUUAUUUCCAGGGCAUUUUAUGGAUGGUUGGCUCACUGCCGUCAUCUUUGUACGGUACGUACGCAUUUAUCCGGAUUAGUCAAUUCUGUGAUAAUUUCACCUGAUGAACCUUGUGAUGCUACAAUCGGUUUAACUGCUGAAAUUUGGAAUGCUAUGAACUGCAAUAAAGAUAUGGACAUAAUGGAGAUGUAUAGGCUAACUUAUUUUGGAGGUGUUGAACACAAAAUUAGAAAAGAGGUAUGGCCUUAUCUUCUAGGCCAUUAUGAAUUUGGAAGUUCACAAGAAGAAAGAGAACAGCAUGACAAAAGUAUACAGAGCUCAUAUGAAAGUAUCAUGUCUGAAUGGCUUGCAGUGGAAGCCAUUGUCAAACAAAGAAAUAAAGAAACUAUGGCUGCCAAUCUUGCAAAGCUAUCUUCAGAGAGUACAAAUAGUGAAAUUCCUUUAGUUGGUCCAAAAGACACAAGUCUAAGUAACGAUGUAUUUGAAGAUUUAAACAGUGAAGAAUCAUUUGAUCAGUCUGAUGAUAUUCCUCAAGUAGUGACUGAUGACAAAGAUCAGCAGCUUCCGGAAAUUGAAGUGAAAACUGAAAUUUCUUCUCUUAUCUUACCAGCUGAAUCGGAAUCUUUAUCUGAUGAAAUUGUAAUUGAAGAUCAAAAUGUAUCAAUUGAUCCCAUGGAUUAUGUUGAUGAAAAUGUUCUUGACACAUCCAUGAAAGAGGACACAGACAAUUUGAAUGUUGAAACAGGAAUGGAUGAAUUGUCAGUUGGUGAUCUUUGUGAUGACAACAAGUUAUCAGCAGAAUCUCAUUCCAGUUGUAUUUCACCAGUAUCUUCCAGUGGAGGAGUUUAUUCAAUGGAACUAUUGGAUUUAUUUUCUUUAAACCUUCACCGUAUUGAUAAAGACGUUCAAAGGUGCGAUAGAAAUUACUGGUACUUCACAACGGAAAAUCUUGAAAAAUUAAGAAAUGUCAUGUGCACUUACGUCUGGCAACAUUUGGAUGUUGGGUACAUGCAAGGAAUGUGUGAUCUUGUUGCUCCUUUAUUAGUGAUAUUUGAUGAUGAGGUAUUAACAUAUAGUUGUUUUUGUGAAUUAAUGAAACGAAUGGCUGCUAAUUUUCCUCAUGGUGGUGCAAUGGAUGCUCAUUUUGCAAAUAUGAGAUCACUUAUUCAGAUUCUUGAUGCUGAAAUGUUUGAAUUAAUGCAUCAAAAUGGUGACUACACACACUUCUAUUUCUGUUACAGAUGGUUUCUCUUAGAUUUCAAAAGAGAACUUGUCUAUGAUGAUGUAUUCAGUAUAUGGGAAACAAUUUGGGCUGCCAAACACAUAGCUUCUAAUCAUUUUGUACUCUUCAUUGCAUUAGCAAUGGUUGAAUACUACAGAGAUAUCAUUCUGGAGAAUAAUAUGGAUUUUACAGAUAUUAUUAAGUUUUUCAAUGAAAUGGCAGAGAGACACGAUGCCAAAGCUGUUCUAAAAAUCUCCAGGGAUCUUGUGCAUCAGAUUCAAACCCUCAUCAUAACAAAUGACGAUUGAUCAUUUUAGUUGACAACUAUACUCUGCUAGUUUGUUACAAGGGAAUGUAAAAUUACAUUUUGACACUAGCGAGGUUGCGCCCGACAUUUUCAUCUCUAAAACGUGAGCGUCGAACGUCGAGCACCGUUACCUUGUAAGCGGCGCUCGACAUUCACGUUUUAGAGAUGAAAACAUCGGCCACAAUCUGGCUACUAUGUUUUGAUCAGAAGUAUCAUUAAGAAAAUGUUUUUAUUAUGAUUAAUUUAUUAAUAUUUAAAAGAGAACAGGCUAAUUUUACUUAUAACUUUAUUCUGAUAACAUAAAAACAAAUUAUUUAUUGUAGAGUGUUUAAUUAGCUUUGCAAGAAAUUACUGGAAAUUUCAAAUUGCACUGAAUUUUAGAAUAAGUACUAAAACUUUUAGAAUUACUUAUAUAUUGUUUCUUUUUGAUUGUUAAAUUAGCACACAUUUAAAUCAAUUAUAAAGCCAUUGUUUUUAAAGAAACUCUGAAAUUUGUGGUAAUUUUCUUUGAAAAUGUUGUUAAACAAUACUAAAUAAAUAUAAGAAUAUAUUUAUUAAAUUUAGUAAACAUUGUUUAAUAAUGUUAAAAUUUUUCCACCUGUAUGGAUUUCUAAAAACGUUCCACUUACUUUUUAAGAGUGCCACAAUUAUAAACAAGGAUUGGUAUGUAAUUUGGAAUCCAUUAAUACUACAACAACAAUCACAAUAUAAAGAACAUUGCUUAUAAAACUUUUAUGUAACCAUACAAGUUAUAAUUUUAAUACUUCUUUGAUUUAAAGUACUAUUUCUCUUUUUUAUUCAUUUAAAAAAGAGAGAAGUCUACUAUCUAGUACUAUCUAAUCAAUAAUAACUUGUUUUGCUUUUAUAGCCAAUAUUUUUAAUCUGUUUCUUAUAUGUACUUUCAAUAUGACAAUACAAGAAACGUAAACGAGAGAAUUGCAUAAGAAAUAUACCAAAAAUCCCAUUUUUAUAAUCAAAUCCAAAUUUAUAAAUAGAACAUUACAGAAAAGGAAAGAUUGUUUGUUUUGAUUUUUAUUAAUUACCAGCUUCAGAAGCAUUUGUUUUCAGAAUCUAGUCACGGAGAAAGUCGUGCAUUCCAGGUUCAGAAUUAUCUCGAAUAUUUAAAUACGUAUAAUUAAAUAUUCAAGUGAAUAAAUAUUUAAAUGUGUGUCGGUUGGUAUCACAAAUAAAC